CGUCUAUCUAUUCUAUAUUCGGCGAAUCGGUCGUUCUUCGUUGGACUUGUCUUGGCGUCUAUUGAUCCUAUCGACUUCUUUCCAUACAUGAUUACACUCUAUACCCCUCCACGUGGGCGCUUGUUCCUGCGCUUGCAUUUAUCCAGGGAUUUUAGUUCACAACUGGUGCUUUCAAGUGCUGAUCAUCAGCAAGGGCAUUGCGAGCACGUGGGCUUCUACCCAAACGCGAGUCGAUACCUUCAAAAAAACAAAUCAAAGGAAGCUCGAAGCUAUCAAGGUAGGAAGUUUGACGUUUUUUUAGACUAGGUCUCAGGUAAAUAUAAACCCUCUCGUCGCUCUUUUCUUUUCCAGUCAACCUGCCACCCGGUUGGCGUUUCUUCUCCAGUUCUUUUCAGCUUCGUGAUCUUCACAAUGGCGCGCUUCCCAGCUGUCUUGGCUUCGGUCGUUUCCACCUUGCUCCAAGCUUUCCCCGCCAAUGCCGCCGCCGCCACCGAUGCCGCAGCCGCCAAUGCGACCAUGAACUCCCAGAUUCGCCUGGCGUAUGCCGGUGAUACUGGCAUGUUCGUUAGCUGGAACACUUUUGACCACUUGUCGAACCCAACUGUGCACUACGGUCUUUCCCCAGAUGCAUUGACCGAGACAGCUUCGUCUGAGGUUUCGAUAACAUACCCUACUUCUCUGACAUAUAACAACCAUGUCAAGUUGACCGGCCUGAAGCCGGACACGCUGUACUACUAUCUCCCAGGUCACCUUUUGACCGCUACCGACACGUCGGUCCCUUUUACUUUCAAGACCAGCAGAUCAGCUGGAGAUGGCACACCUUACACCGUGGCCAUGUUUGCUGAUCUUGGCACCAUGGGCCCGCUCGGUCUCACAACAUCCGUUGGCAAGGGCGGGGAUAGCUUCCUUGAAAUUGGCGAGAGGAACACAAUUGAGGCCCUGGAGGCUGAUGCGAACACCUUCGAUUUCAUGUGGCACGACGGAGAUAUUGCGUAUGCCGACUACUGGUUGAAGGAGGAGAUCCAGGGUUUCCUCCCUAACACCACUAUUGCUGAGGGAUACAAGGUCUAUGAGUCCAUCCUGAACGCCUUUUACAACGAUAUGGCCUCAGUCACCGCGUUCAAGCCUUACAUGGUUGGCCCCGGUAACCACGAGGCAAACUGCGACAACGCAGGGACAACCGAUAAGGCAAAGAACAUCACCUACGAUUCCAGCAUCUGCAUGCCCGGCCAGACUAACUUCACCGGUUUCCGCAACCACUUCCGCAUGCCUAGCGCGGAGUCAGGUGGUGUCGAGAACUUCUGGUACUCUUUCGAUCACGGGAUGACGCAUUACAUCCAGCUCGAUACCGAGACCGAUCUCGGCCACGGCUACAUUGGCCCCGAUGAGGCCAAUGGAACCGAGGGAUUCUCGGAAGGCCCAUUCGGAAUCAUGAAUCAGCAGACUACUUGGUUGGAGAACGACCUGAAGUCUGUGGACCGCACCAAGACCCCUUGGGUCAUUGUCGCUGGCCACCGCCCGUGGUACCUCAGCGCCAAGAACGAGUCCGGCACCAUCUGCUGGGGCUGCAAGGAGGUCUUCGAGCCCCUUCUGAUCAAGUACAACGUUGACCUGGUCUACUCCGGCCACGCACACGUCUACGAGCGUCUCGCUCCCAUGAACAACGGCGUCAGCGACCCUAACGAGCUCGACAACCCUUCCGCACCAUGGUACAUCACCAACGGCGCCGCUGGCCACUACGACGGCCUCGACACUCUUGAUGAGCACCACGACUACUCUCGCUUCGACCUUGACAUCGAGGACCACGCGUACGGGUGGAGCAGAGUCACCUUCCACAACUGCACGCACAUGACUCACGAGUACAUUGCGAGCAGGAACGGCAGCGUGCUCGACUCGGCGACGCUGAUUAAGGACCGCAAGUGUGCGUUCUCGUCUGGCGGCGGUAGCGGCGGUAAUGGCACCGGGGGUAACGGCACCGUGACCCCAACUGGACCUUCUGCUGUCCCGACUGUCCCGACUGGUGAUGCUUCCCGCUACGUCUUUGGCGGCGUGAUUGCUGCUGUUUCGGGACUGGUUGCGUUUGCGCUUUUGUAGAUAAUAUUAUGCC